AUGAGCUUUCGCACCCGUCGCAACAAAACACAGCCCAGAGUUCUGUUUCGACAUCAAAUCAAGGCCAUGGCUGCAGCUGCAGAGUCGCUUCCCGCGCGGAGCCCGUCUCACCAUGAUAUGCCCCCGGGCAACGCGAGUGACGCCGGUAUCCCGGGCCUCUUCACCUCGCAGCCCCCCAUCAUCGACGCGCUCGAGACUGAGUCGUCACAGCUGCAGCAGGAGACCAUCGACGAGUGCCUGCCCUUUCUGAGCGGAGAGGAGCAUGCAGGAAAAUGUAAUCAGCACGGCAUCCCCCGCCUAGACAAACAGCGCCACGUCAAGUUUCUGCAGAAGCAGCUUGGCAGGCUCCCACCACAGAUGACGGCUGCAGAUCCCAGCCGGCCGUGGUUCUUCUACUGGUCUCUUGCGGCGCUGGCUCUUCUGGGAGAGGACGUGAGUGCUUACCGCGAGCGGCUGGUCGAGACUGUCCGCCCCGUCCAAAAUCCCGGUGGCGGCUUUGGAGGGGGCUUUGGCCAGGAUUCUCACCUGGCGACGACUUAUGCCACCGUGCUGGCACUCAUGCUUGUGGGUGGAGAAGAGGCGUACGAUGUCAUAGACAGACAUGCAAUGUGGGAAUGGCUCUGCUCGCUCAAGCAGGCUGACGGAGGCUUCCAGAUGGUCGUAGGAGGCGAGGAGGAUGUCCGAGGCGCAUAUUGCGCAUCAGUUCUCAUUUCGGUGCUCGGGAUUCCCCUCGAGAUGUCACCCGACUCACUUGCAUACGCAGCCGGCCACAAAUCCCUCUUCAGCGGUCUCGGAGAGUGGGUGGGCAGAUGCCAGACAUACGAAGGAGGCGUGGCUGCCGUCCCGGGAAUCGAGGCACACGGGGCGUACGCCUUCUGUGCCCUCGGGUGUCUGUCCAUCUUGGACGCUCCGCAUCGUUCCAUACCGAAGUACAUGAACAUGCCGCGACUCAUCGCCUGGCUCUCCUCUCGCCAGUAUGCACCAGAGGGCGGCUUUUCAGGUCGCACAAACAAACUUGUGGACGGCUGUUACAGCCACUGGGUUGGGGGAUGCUGGCCGCUCAUCCAGGCCGCCUUGAGCGGGCCGAGCAGUGGCGAGGCCAGAUCCGCAGACCAGCAGGCCGCAGAUACUGGCAGCCUUUUCAGUCGCGACGGGCUAAUUCGGUAUAUUCUAUGCUGUUGCCAGGAUCAGACCCUUCGGGGUGGCUUGAGAGAUAAGCCGAGCAAAUACUCCGAUGCUUACCACACAUGCUAUGUGCUGUCCGGCCUUAGUUCCGCACAGCACAAGUGGACUUUGAAGGUUGCACGGCCAGCUGGUUCUGCUGGCGGUGCUGACGAGUGGGAAGCCAUGCCAUAUAUCGAGGACGAGCAAAUAUUCAACGAAGAUGACCGAAUUGGGAUAACACAUCCCAUAUACGUAAUACCUCAGCACAAGGUCGAAGCCGCCUGGGAAUAUUACGGUUCCAAGACGACAGAAUAG